AUUCACUGAAAUCAGCUGAUCCUCUUGUUACUACGCUACACGAAUCGGCCCUGAAAUUUAUUGUGCCGACCGACCAAUCUAAUGCAUUCCUAUUGCCAAAGAAUAACCCAUUUGGCACCCAAUAAAAAAAACUCGGUAAACAAGAUUAUUUUGAUCGCAUCUACAAUAAAAUGUGAUUUUUAUUUGUUCAAUAAACUUCGAUUGUUUGUUCAAGGAGGACCGAGUCUGUCGUUUGUUUUAGCUGUGGCUGUGACUAUGAUGUGAUGAAUAAUGAAAUAACGUAACGAGACAAUGAUGAUUUUAGUUUAUACAUAUUACUGCAUAAUAGGGGCUCAAUCCCAGCGGAACCUGAUGCUGAUGGCAGUCGAAGCCAGCCGCCGCCUCCGUCCCAACAACCGCCUCCACCACCCGGAGCGCAACAUCGGGGAUCUCAAGCACAAGGAUCUCAUGCGCCCGGAUCUCAUGCGCCUGGAUCUCAAACACUGGGAUCCCAUGCGCCAGGAUCUCAUGCGCCUGGAUCUCAAACACCGGGAUCCCAUGCGCCAGGAUCUCAUGCGCCUGGAUCUCAAACACCGGCAUCCCAUGCGCCAGGAUCUCAUGCGCCUGGAUCUCAAACACCGGGAUCCCAUGCGCCAGGAUCUCAUGCGCCUGGAUCUCAAACACCGGGAUCCCAUGCGCCUGGAUCUCAAACACCGGGAUCCCAUGCGCCAGGAUCUCAUGCGCCUGGAUCUCAAACACCGGGAUCCCAUGCGCCGGGAUCCCAUGUGCCAGGAUCUCGUGCGAACGGAUCUCAAACGCCAGGAUCUCAGCGGUCUGGACAGAAUGGGGCUAACAACUUCCGACCUGGCCAGUGCCGGUCACCCAGCACUUGCACCAGGCUGCGUAAGAGACAGCCUUCCGAUACCAAAAGACCAAAGCCAAGCGAAAACAGAUGAAAGCAAAACUGGAAAAACAGGGCGAAAGUCAAUAAGCAAAGAAAAACAAGAAACCAGAAGAAAAGCCAGAGAAGACAAAAUAAGUCAAUCGAAAACCAAACAAUCCAAGCCAAGCGAAUCAAGAACAGAGUUUUUGAGCAAACUAUGCCCAUUAAAAUCCUCGAGAGAAUCAACGAAACCGACCACAUCAGACAAACCUACAUCGUCACGGUCAGCCAAAGCAGACCAACCCAAAAAAGACCUCAAAAGAAGCCAAUCGCUAAAACGGUUUUUAUCAAAAAUAUGUCCAUUCAAAACAGAAAAAGCUCCUUCUCCUUCAAUAAAAUCGGAAGAACCUUCAUUAUGGGAAUCAAUAACAGAUGGACUGAAAAAUGAAAAUGCCAGUACAAGCAAAAAGAAAACCAAGCUAUUUAAAACCAAAGAACGUUCAAAAUCAGAACCACCUAAAUCAAACCGACCAAGUACCAGAACGGACGGAUACAUAAGUAAUGAAAGGGCCGGGAUCCUUGGUCUGUUUAGGAAUAUGUAGAACUGUCCAAUCUGAUGACGACGACGGUACAGCGAAAAAUAUCCCAUCUACAUCUUGUAGACUUAUGGAUAGAUGUAAGGUUCAUGGAUAUUUUGUAUGCUUCAGUAAGUGUUUAUAUUUAUAAAGAUUACUUAAGAGAUUUAACUAUCAUCAUUGUCAUUUAAAAAUUAUCAUGUCGUAUUAUGAAAACUGUCCUAUUAAACUAUAAUAUUGUGU